AGUUGUCCUUUGUUACAAGCACAACGCCAAUCGAUUGUCGGUCGAUAUCGGUAGAACUCGUAUUAUACCCCGACUCUGGUUAAUGGUUAUUGCGUUCCCGAUCCCGAGUUUAGUUUUAUCACGCUAGUAGGCGACGUACCCACGUGCAUUUGUUUUCUGUUUGUGCAAUUGAAUGUCUAAUUUUUGGUGCACCAAAAGACUUGGUUUGUUCGGUUUUACCUACUUUUUUCGAUGUAAUAAAGUAUUUUUUAUGGAUUCGACAUAACUUGGAGGAAAGUCAAGUUAUUCGCAAUUUUCUUGUAUCCGAAACUUCAGAAGUUGUCGCUCAAAAAAUAGAAGAGAUUUGGAAAUCUGCGUCUGUACCAACAGUAAGUCAUCAGAGAAUUGUGGCGCUAAUUAAAGAGUACCACAAAAAAAGAAAAGAUCUCCUGAAGCCAUACCGACAAAGAAAAGACGUUCCUUCGUAUAUAAGUCCAAAAUUGAAAAUUUUGUAAGGGAUAGCCAACGUUUAUUUGACGUUGCCGCAUGCAAAUGUGUUGACUUUCAAAAGUGUUUAUGUUUAAAAUCAAAUAAGGUUCCUCUAAAUGAACGCCCAAUCCUGCAAGAUCAGAGGUCGGAUAGAAAAAUGAUGAUUGGGUCUGUUGAUUUUAAGGCUGUUCGACAUCAACAAAAAAGAGAAAAUAGGAGUCAAAAAGACAACAUAGCGGAAAAGCCGAAACCGUGCACAUCUUUUGACAGCAGUGAUAAUUUGCUGCUUGAAGGUCAACCUGAUUUCGAAAGUGAGCAAGGUAAAUAUGAUAACGAUGAAGACAAUCUUUCUCCCGAACUGCCACUAUUUUCUGAUAAUCCAAGUAUGUCAAACAGCAAUCGUAAUACUAGCAGCCUUUGCGUGUUAGCAAAUACGUUAGACAGAUACGCGGUGUCAGACAGAGCAGGUGCAGCGAUAGCUUCAGCCGUGCGUGAAGAUUAUGGAAUUAUUAGUAGCCAAGACUCCCAGAACAUCAUUGAUCGUCAUAAAGUCAGACGUGCAAGACAAGAGCUACAAAAAUCUUCAAAGAUAGGUCUGUUGCGGGGUUUGUACUUCGAUGAACGUAAAGACAAAACAUUAAUAUUUACGGACAAUAGAAAAAGGACAGUAGUCAAGGAACAUAUAACUUUAAUACAAGAACCAGGUUCAAACUAUAUCGGUCAUCUUUCCCCUAUUUCUGGAACUGCCUUAAGCAUUUUGAAUUCUUUGACUGAAUUCUUAAAUAACUCCGCAAUUUCGCUCGACAGUUUAAAAGCGGUUGGUUGCGACGGAACAAACAUCAGUGUAGGAUUACUCGAAAAAAAUACUAAGCGAACCCUGCAAUGGUUUAUUUGCCAGUUGCAUGCGAAUGAGCUUCCUCUGCGACAUAUACUGCAACACCUUGACAGUGAAACAACUGGACCUCGAGCAUUUCGUGGACCUAUAGGAAAGCUGUUAAACGAUUGCGAAAAACUACCAAGCGUAGAAUUUUCUAUAAUAGCGUGUGAAUUACCUGAUAUUAAUACUAACUUAGAGUUAAGUACAGAUUAAAAAUA